AUUGUUUAUUUUGUUGCAAAAUAUUAUUGUUCACUAAAAAUGUCAUCAAAUGUGUCGAUAGUUAAGCCGACACUCCGACCGACACUAUCGCAACAGUGGGACGACUACCUGUACCGGCAAUCCCGGGUCAGUAGUUAUAGGGUCGACAAGAAGUCCAAUGCCCUGAGAAUACUGUCCUCCGUAUCGGCUUUUGUCAAACUUUUUGAAUCCCUAUUCUGGUUGUCAUUGCUGUUAGAGGCCACUCAUAAUGAGGAGGACAACUCGACCCAUACGCUGACAAUAGUGUUGGGCACGGCUUUUGUCAUAUCGAUGGUGACGGGACUGGUGGCUAUGUUUGGGCCCUGUUUUCAUGGUCUGGUCCAGCAUAAGGUGCUAUUGAUGGGCACG